AUGUACUUCUACAUCCUCCCUUCGGAAAUAGGUUUGCCCAGCGAAGUUCGUAAAGUGGAAAACCUAAAAAAACCACCGUUUUUGCUCGACCAGAAGAAACCGGAUCAAAUCGAAGCCAAGAUAAACGUGUCCUUGAAGGCGACCGGCAGUCCGCUCGCUCGGUCGGAAGCUCGGACGAAAGAAACACAUGGAAAACAUUCGGGAUCGACUGCCACGAAAAAACUGCGUGAAACAAUGUUGCGUCUUGCAGGUCGACACGUGAGCCACCAUCGAUUGAUGAUGUCGAGUGAAAACGACGUUGACAUAGAUGCGCUCAAUCAUCUGAACCAUCUCGGACGUCAAGAAAGAGAACGGCCGGUCAUAAACGAAAGUUUGACUCCUGUCAACAUCACGGGACAACUCGGAGCUACCGUGUACCUCCACUGUGUAGUACACAACCUUGGGCAGAAGACUGUGACGUGGCUCCGCCGAUCGGACUAUCACAUCCUGACGGUCGGAAUGAUGACGUACACCACGGACGAGCGAUUUUCCGCCGUGCGUGGAGAUGGUAUUAACGACCGCGACGACUGGAUGCUCCAAAUCCGUGCCGCGCAGAAGGCCGAUGAAGACGAAUACGAGUGCCAGGUCAACACACAGCACCCGAUAAUUAGCAUCAUCGUGAAACUAAAUGUUCUCUCGCCCCACGCCAUGAUCUUAGAGUCGCCGGAGCUGUACGUGAACAGCGGAAGUACGAUCAAUUUGACUUGCGUUAUUCACGAUCGGCCACAACCCCUCGCCCAUAUUUUUUGGUACCACGGUGAUAAGGUGAUCAACUAUGAACCCCACAGCUAUAUCACAAUGCUGCCGCCGAGCAGAACGCGGCCCGAUCAAGAUCGGUCGUCGACGCAAAUGUCGCGUCUGCUCAUACAUAAUGCCGACAAGCACCACACGGGCAAAUACACCUGCGCGCCCGUAGAUUCGACGCCCGCUUCCGUGCACGUCCACGUGCUGCACGCGGAGGAGCACUUAGCGCGGAAAUCGCACGAAGCCAGUGCUGCAGCACCGACGAGUAAUCCGCAGUGGUCGACGUCGGUUGUCCACGCGGGUUUGCCGCUUCUCGCUCUCGAGCUGCUUUUCCUGCUCGUCGUCGCGCGGACCACGUGACAACACCUGGACUUUAGGUCCUGUAGAUUCCCGUGUCAGUCCUCGCGCAA